AUGAGCAGUUAACUGAUCAGUUUUUAAUUAUUGACGGCCAUCGCCAGCGGCGUCGGAUCCCGGAAGAAAAGCUCACGUCCCCAAGGGAGAGGCGAUACACACAUGGACAAAUAAGAUCGUGUGAACUGAGAACAAUGAAUCCGCUGUCGUCGUUUUAAAUCAUGGACAAAAAGCCACUUUGGAGGAGGCUUGUAAGUUGAUGAAGCACACGGGACGAUCGAAACGAUAUAGGGAGGCAGAUUUGGUGGAGAACGUGAAGAGGCAAAGGGGGACGGCUGUAUCCCGUUGCCAUGGCGACCCGACAGGGCCUCGUUUCGGGGAAGGUUUACAGAGGGCGUGACACUCAGGUCCGGGAGCACGUGAUCACCCUGGUGAAAUAUCUCGAGACCGUUAUACACGACAUAAAGUACGUUGUCGGCGACUUGCAGAUUCUCCUCGAACAGAUCGAUUUGGUAUCUCGCCAGCUGGAUGAUUGCUCAAACCUACCCGCCAGUUCUCCGGCGAGAGACGACUCUCAUCCAGCCAGGUGUGCCUGCUCAGCUCCCACAGCAUCCCCGAGUGCCUUUAUCAAUCCGCUGCUGAGUAGGGCCAAGCGCGCCUCAGCCAAUACCAAGAGGAGCAAGCGGACUGCCAAAACUAGAAAAUAUAUGCACGAAGAGACGAGCAGUCCCGUGUCAUGGAGCUCGUGCGAAGGGUCCAUGCAGCGACGGAAAGAGAGCAACGCAUCUGAAAUGGACAAGAUUUCGGUGGAGUUGAACGCUAUGUGGGAUAAUGCCUUCGACAGUGACCUGUUGACCGGAAGCUGGACGGAAGGCUCAGUGAAUCAUCAACCUGGGUACUUUGAUCACUCAACAAAGCCUUGUGAACUGUCAGGGCUGUCUGGGCGUCUUCAAAACAGUAACCUGGCAAGCCAUGGCGCGUCGUGGCUCGACACCACCAACUUGGAACAAUCACUAACUUCCGGUAUAGAAAUGCUAUCAUUUACGGACGACAGCGAGGAAGACUGCUUGUCGUCUGCUCUUUCAUUUUUUCCAUCAGGAGAUGACGUUUCUGGACCGGUUUGUAUAGAUGUGGAUCCUUACCACGUGUCGUGUAAAGACGUGAUACCCGCUGGCUCAGGCAGAACGUACUGUGGCGUCUACGAAGCCGCCUUAGACGCCUGUCUAGAAACGUACUCUGAUAUGAGUACUAGUGACAGCUUUACCAGCGACGUGUCACUGUUCGGAGGAGAAGAUUUGGAGAGUGUCGUGUCAGGGAUUCAUUACGAGCCACGUUACGACACACAGCUCAACACCUGGACGGCUUUCACAAUGGUUCCUAUCGAAUCUCUGCACACGUCCGAAGACGAUCUAUCGGAAACCGCUUUAGACAUCCUGAAUGAUAACGUUCCCUCAUCUCCGGUCUUGGACAACGUCAAUAAAACUAUAAAUGCCAAUACUGAAACUGUGUCGUCUACGGAGGCCGAUACACGCCAUAUUACCUCAGCGGUGGACGGCAUAGGACAGAGUACAAACGCUUAUAUAUUAAGUUGCUAGCUAACUGAAGUGGGUUUUUAUUUUUGCUUGAUCACCAUGACAUUCCAUGUGUUUUAUGAUAAACAUACCAAGAAGAAGUGCUCUCCUUCCGGAUCUGCUUUUUGUGUCAGAGUAUGGGAUUCAUCAUUUGCAUAUUUUAAAUAAUUUUUUCCAGGAAUUUUAUCUCUUCCAAGAUUUCGUUCAGAGUUUUCGAUAUUUUUCUAUAUAUGCACUCUAUCUGUCGUCUGUUCCAUGCAUCCUAUGAAGUAUCUAUUUAUUUUUUCCACUAUUGUCCAGGAUUAUCCAGUAGCACCUGUGGCAAUCACGUCAGGUACUGAUUUUUUCAUAAUGCAGGGGUCUUUUGACAUCUAUGAGCAAGAUACAAGUAUACACGCUCAUAAUUUUAAUAACAUAAUGCUCUCUUUGAACUGGAGUACUAGUAUUUACAGUAGUUUACAAAACAACAAUGCCAACUCUCCAUUCUUGUAAAAAGCUGUUCACAAGCGUGUUGUGUGUCCUUGCUUUUCAGUUUACACGAAUUUAUGGAACUGUUUUUGUCUAGUCUCCAAACUUUUUUUAUUAUCAUGGGCCUGAGAUGAAUUUAGUUCUCUAGACUAUUACUCCGUUUCCCUCACUGUCACUACUGCUCACCUCCUCACCCGAUUUUGUCUAAUCCUGACCGUGUCUUUAACUAUUGUUAAAUACAGAUCUGAAUACAAACGUGA